GCACCAACCCGGGAGAGCGAGAUCAAAGGGAUUUGAAACAGACUGAGGACUGGCGGGGGGAGGGGGCCAGGCAGCCUGUGGAAUCCUCCUGUAGAGGCGGAGGGUCCGGCUUCCACCGUGACUUCGGCGGUCUGGUUGGGUUUUUUAUUAUUUUCAAAUUUCUGAAUCCAGCUUGAGCGAGAGAACGAGAAAUCUCCGUAGACUGCGACUCGCUGGCUCUCGCUCGGAGAUGAUGCAGAGCGCAGCUGUCCCCGCGGAGGGGGCUGUCAAGGGGCUCCCGGAGAUGCUUGGUGUGCCGAUGCAACAGAUCCCCCAGUGUGCUGGCUGCAACCAGCAUAUCCUGGACAAGUUCAUCCUGAAGGUCCUGGACAGACACUGGCACAGCUCCUGCCUCAAGUGUGCAGACUGCCAGAUGCAGCUAGCUGACAGGUGCUUCUCCAGGGCGGGGAGCGUCUACUGCAAGGAAGACUUCUUCAAGCGCUUCGGCACAAAAUGCACGGCCUGCCAGCAGGGCAUCCCCCCGACCCAGGUGGUCAGGAAGGCGCAGGACUUCGUCUACCACCUGCACUGCUUUGCCUGUAUCAUCUGUAACCGGCAGCUGGCCACGGGGGACGAGUUCUACCUCAUGGAGGACGGACGGCUGGUGUGCAAGGAGGACUACGAGACGGCCAAGCAGAACGAUGACUCAGAGGCCGGAGCUAAGCGACCCCGGACCACCAUCACGGCCAAGCAGCUGGAGACAUUGAAGAACGCCUACAAGAACUCCCCUAAGCCCGCCCGGCACGUGAGGGAGCAGCUGUCCUCGGAGACAGGCCUGGACAUGAGGGUUGUACAGGUUUGGUUUCAGAACAGAAGGGCCAAGGAAAAGCGGCUGAAGAAGGACGCGGGGCGGCACCGCUGGGGGCAGCUCUGCAGGAGCGUCCGGAGGAGCCGGGCAGGCAGCAAGCAGAAGGCGAGCUCGGCAGAGGACUGUGGGGCCAGUGACAGUGAGCUGAGCUUCCGAGAGGAUCAAAUUCUCUCAGAACUUGGCCACACCAAUAGGAUUUAUGGCAACGUGGGGGACGUUACAGGCGGACAGUUAAUGAAUGGGAGCUUCUCCAUGGACGGGACAGGACAAUCCUAUCAGGACUUGAGGGAUGGGAGCCCCUAUGGAAUCCCCCAGUCUCCAUCCUCCAUCUCGUCCCUGCCAUCCCACGCUCCUUUGCUCAAUGGGCUGGAUUACACGGUGGACAGUAAUUUGGGCAUCAUUGCGCAUGCAGGGCAGGGAGUAAGCCAGACGCUGAGAGCCAUGGCUGGGGGACCCACCUCUGACAUCUCCACAGGAAGCAGUGUAGGCUAUCCCGACUUUCCAACUAGCCCAGCCUCUUGGCUCGAUGAAAUGGAUCAUCCUCCCUUUUAAGCACCUCUCCUCCCCACCCUACCCGUCCUCUGGCUUGACAGAAUAUCUUCAAGGAUCAAAAGAGACUUGCCUUUUAAGGAUCAAAAGUGCGCCAAUGUGAAUUUCCAUUAUUUUCAAUGGAAGUCCUCUGCCGAUCCUGGGGAGGUCGCGGGACCCCACUAGGGCUUGUUUUCCUGGGAAGUGCUGGGAGAGCAGCCUCGUCUCAGAACACAGCACAGGGGCACAGAGCCCAGAGCGCUAGGGUGCUGGCUUGUCGGCUCCUCCCCCGCCCUGCUUACAGGCUUUGGCUGCACAGUGCUUGGUUGACGGCAUGACUGUGUCAGGCCACCUUGCUCUUUGGGAACUCUGCUCCAACUGGAGUGUCUCAUGAGAUGCCCCCCUGAACCACUGCUCUCACCAGAACCGAGAUUCCUGAGGUAGAGGCAUCACGGCCCUUGAGUACUGAUAAAAGUGAUUUCUGGACCA